CAGAGAGCUUCACAACAGGUUUCAGCGCGGAGAGCUGGUAUGAUCAACGAGAUGAACCUGGAUGAGGACAGUGGCCUAUCCGUCAGCUGCGGCAACGGCAAGCUGAGACAGUGGCUGAUAGAUCAGAUCAACAGCAGGUCGUAUCCCGGCCUGGUUUGGGAAAACGAUGAAAAAAGCAUUUUUAGGAUUCCGUGGAAACAUGCAGGAAAACAAGACUAUAACAGAGACGAGGAUGCUGCGCUCUUCAAGGCAUGGGCAUUGUUUAAGGGGAAACAUAAGGAAGGAGUCGACAAGCCAGAUCCCCCCACAUGGAAAACUAGACUACGCUGUGCUCUUAAUAAAAGCAAUGACUUUGAUGAGUUAGUGGACAGAAGCCAACUGGACAUCUCAGACCCCUAUAAAGUCUACAGAAUCAUCCCAGAGGGAGCCAAAAGAGGAAUGAAGAUGAGUGCGGAGGAGUCACCGUCACAUGUAAACGCCCUUGGCUAUAUUCCCCCAUAUACGUCUCUGCACAACCAGGUAUCUGGCUAUAUGGCUUCUCAGGAAAGAAGGGACUGGAGGGAUUACACACCCCCAGAACAGCAGCCUCUUCAUCCUCCACAUCACCACGCAGAGCUGCAGUACGGUCAGUGCCACUACCCGUCACCGUUCGGCCGGGCCUGGCCGGGGUCACACACAGAUAAUGGUUUUCAGCUCUCCUUCCACACCUACUUUUCAGAGUCCCAACCACCACCAGUGUAUUCAAUCGACCAAAACAAUGGCAUAACAGAUUUCAGCCUACAUGUGUCCCUAUACUACAGAGAGUCUUUGGUGAAGGAGGUCACCACCACCAGCCCAGAAGGAUGCCAGAUCACCUCUCCUUCCUCCUCCUCUCCAUCCUCUUCCCCAUGCCCAGAGGACAAGCUUCACAGCGGAGCAGAAAUCAUCCAUUUUCCAUUCCCGUACCCUGAGUCUCAGAGACAGGGCGCUGAGAUGCUUCCUAAUGUGCUGGAGAGAGGGGUGCUUCUGUGGAUGACACCUGAUGGGUUAUACGCCAAGCGCCUCUGCCAGGGGAGAGUUUACUGGGAAGGACCUCUGGCUCCGUAUAUGGAUAAACCCAACAAGCUGGAGAAGGAGCAGCCAUGCAAACUGUUUGACACCCAGCAAUUCCUUAUUGAGCUUCAAGAUUUUGCCCAUAAUGGCCGACAUUUACCGAGACACCAGGUGGUGCUGUGUUUUGGAGACGAGUACCCCGACCCACAGCGCCCGAGGAAGAUGAUCACAGUACAGGUGGAGCCAGUGUUUGCCAGAAAGCUGGUGUACUAUUACCAGCAGAACAAUGGCCACUACCUGCGGGCUUUUGAUCACAUCCAGGAACAGAACACACCUCCAACAAUCGACUAUCCUUCCCAGAGGCCUCUACAGCAUAUUCAGGAGUGACAAGCACACACACACACACACACACACACACACACACACACACACACACACACGUACGAGGGCAUGAAUGUGAAUGUAAACCGCUGACCGUUUCUCAGUACUGUGUACUGUAAAUGGUAGAAACUGUCACGGUACUGAGGGGUAGAGGUGGGGAAGACCCUGUUGUUUUCACUUGCACACCUAUCGCGUCGUAGUCUCUGUGUCUGUGACUGCGGAGUAAUGUUUUUUUUCUCUCUCUCUCUCUCUACAAGUAUUAUUGUGACAGUGUGAAGGAUGCGGUUUGAGGGUGGGGGGGAUGAGGGGAGCGGAGGGCGACUGAGACAGGAAGUACUAGCACAGGUGCACAGGAAGAAUGGCCCCUAAGACAAACACUGAUACGUCAAAUGGACGAAACAGAGUAUGAAUGAAUAUUUAUUGCAUUUUCACAGGUAACAAUGUGAUUGUUGCACUCACACACUGAAGUGGCACAGUGACAGUUGACACAGCUCAUACUGUGAUUCUAAAUUUUUAUUAGUACUUAAUGUGAAAAAUAACAACAUUUGCUGAGGUGAGCAAGUGAACAGUCAACAAUAUCCAUGCUCGGUCCACUGUAAACCUCAAUUCUGGAUUUCAUUGCAAAAAAAAAAAAAGGAAGCUACAACUGGAGUUUGAGAGAAAUUAAUUUUAACUCUGCUCCGAUGGUGUAGUAGAGGAAGCUGUUAUCACAAAUAGUUUAUCUCUUUGCUGCUACGUAUGUCGCAGGACACACUUACGAAAAUCUAUUUCUACUGAAUCUGGUCAGCCUUUAAAAAUAACUGAUUCCCUUAAAUGACGUCAAACAGAACAAAACACCUACAAGGAGUCACCAGAUGAUCUCAGGUGAUUACAGAGAUAGUAAAUAUAUAUUUUUUUAUUCGCUGCUUAGAAUCGUGUCUAUUCAUUUUCUCUAGUCAUUGUCUUGCUUUAUCUUGUAAAAUACUGUAUAGUUUUACUACUUCAGGUCUCUGAAAGAAUCUGAUUUGAAAACAAAAUUUUUGAUCAAACUGCUGAUAACUUAUAGUCAUGAAACUUGUACAGUAAUGAGCAAGUAGACAUGACUCCGUUUUAAAUUCUCAAAAGCGAAAAAAGGUUGGGGACCACUGGCUUACAACACAUUAUCAGAGAGCAGCUCAAAGUCUGUUUCACAUGAAAGAGAGCGCGGUUUUGACCUGACGGGACCGAAGGAGGCUCACUGGAAAAAUCACACUCAUCCCGUAACUGGCAAGGAACUCGUACCUGUUCCUCUUGACCUGAAACUUUAGGCCUCAUAAAUAGGAAGAAAAACUACCUUUGUGGUCUGAGUGUAAUUCCAGCCAGGGCGGAGCUCUCUGGUUCCCAUGCCUGCGAUACUGUAGAGGUCCGCACACUGGACGUAACGUCCACAAAAAAGUUAUUCUAAGAGCCUAUACUGAGGAAUGUGUAAAUAUAUAUAUAUAUAUAUAUAUAUAAUAAGACGUAAAAACCCCGUAGUGAGAAUAAUGCAAUUCCUCAUGCUGUUGAAGUCCCAAAGGCUGAUGCUGCAGCAGAAGGGAUACAGCUUUUGUUAUGUUUUUCUUCUGUGGUCCAGAGUUUCAAUCUCUGCAUUUACUUCCUUCACACUUAAACCACAUCACUUUCACAAUGGCUUCUGACCAAAAUCACAGGCGGGAAUGUUUUUAUUUUUGUGUGUGUGCGUGUGUCUGAACCAUAAAUCAUUUCCCCCUCUCAAACAUCUUAGUCAGGCUGAUUUUUGUGCUGGGUGAAAUUUUGUUUCACAUUACUCCACAGUCAGACAUUUGACUCACUCAAAAUCAAAUCCUAAUAGUGAAAACGGUACCAGCUGUGUGUAGUAGUAAAGGGUCAUGCGUGUGCGUGUGUGUAGGUGGGUACGUGUAUGUGUGUCACACAGUUGCACUAUUACUGUUAUCAGGAAUUGACAUUUAUGAACUCAGGAUAAAACAUGUGACUCCCCCCACCUACGACAUCAGUGACUCAAAAGCAGACACUCACACCCAUUUCAUAUCAUGCUUUACAGUUACAGUAAAACGCUCAGGACAGAUUUCACAGGAAAUCAUAAAGUAGGUGUAUACUGAAGAAAAUUUGGUAAGACUUUCUAUGGCGUCUAUAAUGCAUUAUAAACAUACUUCUAAUGUGUUAUAAACUGCUUUUAGCACCGUAUAUUUAUAGUUAUAAGCACUCAUAAAUAUUCAUAAUGCUUUAUAACAAUAUUCAUAACACAUUAUAAAGCAUUUUAUAAUGACCUAUAAAGUCAAGUAUCACAAUACUUCAAUACUUUUUUGUUAGGAUCACAGUGUAUUAAAAUUCCCAUUGUUGUAAUACACUAUAUUCACUGUCAUAAUGCAUUAUAAUGUGAUUAUUAGUUACUUUAAGUGGUCAUUGUUUGCUUUAAGUAAAGUAAAAAUGUAUCUUACAAUGUUGUGUGUGUUGUUCUUGCAUAGAUUUAAUGACUUAAAGCAAACAAUAACCACUUAGAGUAACUAAGGUUACGAUAUUGUAACCCUAGUUUUAUAAGCACAUGUGGAGCUCUCUACUGGACUCUGUUGAAUACUCUUCUCCAAUCACUAGCGAACCACGAACUGAAAAUUUGCAUAAGCGUAUAGCUGGUAAAUCAGGAAGUGGCAAUUCGUGUGGACCCCACAGUAUACUGUAUAAGGCAGCACACACUGCUGUCUGCCAUCACAUUAUAAUGCAUUAUAACAGUGAUUAUAAUGUGUUGUUAAAUAUUAUAAUGCAUUACAACUAUGGGAGUUAUAAUACGAUCCUUGCAAAAAAAAUUUUGUAUUAUGAUACUUGACCUUAUAAGUCCUUAUAAAAUGCUUUAUAAUAUGUUGCUAUUAUUGUUUUAAAGCAUUAUGAAUCUUUACGAGUGCUCAUAACUAUAAAUAUAAAGUGCUUUGAGCAGAUUAUAACGCAUUAUAAGUAUGUUUAUAAUGCAUUAUGGGCGUCAUAGAAAGUGUUACCGAGAAUUGUUCCAGCAUUUUGUACAAAAUAUCUUAAUGACAGAGAAUUAAUGGAGAUCUGAAGGAGACUUAUAAAUAUAAAGUCGCCAUAUGGAUAAAUGAUUUAUUUUGAAAUAAACUGAGCCAUCUUCUACUGCUCACAUCUGCUGUGCUGUUUUGUCUUUGAGCUCUUUUUGAUUUUCAAAGGGAGGGAGAAUGAGAGUCAUUUUUGGUGACAAAAAGACAAAAAAGAAAAAACACAUUCGCACAUCAUGGUGUUUCCCCCUCUGCAGGAAGCCACAUCAUUUGUAGUCAGGCUUCAGUUUUUCCGCCCGUAUAAGCCGUUACUCCAAGUGACAUCGCCCUAUAGCUCUUCAGUCGAAACUUUGGAGUGGACAGUUUAGUCAACUGAUGCCCCAAACAUCACCAGACAAGAGGUUUCACAGAGAAAUGAAACUACCAAGAGCAUUUCAAAUGCAACACUUUCUCCAAAAGACAGUUCCAUCUUGACUCAGUGACUAUGAUUAAUCUGUCUGGGCAAAUACUGAUACUUUAUACAAUAACAUACUGUGUCAAUCUUUAUGCUUAUUUUUUCCACCUCAAAGAAACAACAAAAUGUGUCAUAAAAUCACUGUAACAUUGUAUUUGUUGUGUAAAUAUGUCUAAUAUAUUAUUCUGUUAUUGCUACUUUUACUACCCUUCACAUGGAUCAUCUUAUCAUUUUGGGGUUUCACUGGAAUUUCAGUGGAAUCAACACAGAUCACAGUUACUGGAAAAGUUGUUUGUACUUUUGUGCUUAGAUUCUCAUUUUAUAAUGAUUCAGAUUUUGAGCUACAUAUUCAGAAAGCAUUGUUUAUUUGCUUAUCUAUUAAUGUAUAUGUCAUAAAUACAUCGAGGCUCUGAGGCAAGAAAGAAAUGAGGGUGUAUCACAAUAACGCCGUAGCAAUGUUUUGCUGACAUCUGCUGGUUAGCUGCAGCUAAACAAAAAGCUCCGAGGGGUGACAGAUGAUCAACAAGGUAUAGGAGAGAAUUACAAAAACAUGUUUCUGCUGUAUAAAAUAAUGUUUAUUUCUAAUGACAUUUAUCUGUGAUUUCCUCUUAUAAAAUACUUGAUAGUUUUACCUCUUCAGGCCUCUAAAAAUGAUUUAAUCUUUAAUAAGGAGUCGUGAUUUCACUUUGUACUGCUUUAAAGGAUCACAUGCCAAAACUAUGGGUAAACUAUGCUAAAUCCUCCCCACAGUCAGGGUUGAAGUCUACUCUACCCCCAAGCUCCAGGUAAUAAGAUACUGCUGAACGUUGUAGGUUGUCAUGCAUCAUUCUAGGUGUUGUACAUACAUACAUAAAAUAAAUUGAAUUGAAUUGAA